AUGCGCCGCCCUCCUGCUGGGCCCGGCACCGGCACAGCCCCGGCUCCCCACGGCAGCAGCGGGACCUGCCCGGAGCCGCAGCGGGAGCAGCCCCGCAGCAGCCGCGGUCCCCAAUCCCGCCUCGGUUCGGCGGCGUCGCGACCCGCAGCCCACCCGGCGAGGGAGAAGUGGCUCAGCCGGGGACCCCCAGCAGACACCGGCAGGACCCGUAGCCGAAUCCCCAAGCCCAGGUCCCGUUCCCGGCCCCACCUCAGCGCCUCGAGCCCCGCGCAGCACCGGGAGCAGCCCCCGGUCCGGGGCUCCGCACAGCGCUCCAGCGGGGGCCUCGCCGCAUCCCGGGAUGAGCAUCCACCGCACAAAGCAGAGCGGGCGCGGAUCCGCCGGGAUUUACGGGCGCGGGCGGGGCGGGGCCGGCUCAGGUGUGAGGGGCGGGGCCGGCUCAGGUGCGCGGGGCCCCAGCGCGGCUGCGCGGGGCGGGGCCGAGAGGAUUUAAACCCCGGGAAUCGCCGCUGGCGCCAUUUGCCCCCUCGACGCUCCGAGGGGGAGAGUGACGGGACGCCCUCUGCUUCCCCCCCACCCGCCCCCUCCCUCCCCCCCGGGCCCCGGUCCGCAGGAGGGGGUCCCGGGGAGGGGGCCGGGCCGAGCCCGGUCCGGAGGAGGGGUCCCGAGGGAGGGGGCGGGGCCUGGAGGUGGGGGGGGGAGUGCCCCCUCCGCCCCGCCCCCCUCCCAAGGACCCCCUCCUCCGGAGGGGGCCCUACCCCCCCACCCCCAAGCCCCCUCCCCCCGGGACCCCCUCCUGAGGAGGGGGCCCUGCCUAACACCCCCCACCCCCCCAACCUCCCCCCCGGGGCCCCCCAGUGUGAUGUAGGGACAGCCGGAACCCCGGCGCUGUCGGGCCGUGCUUUGCACUGCAAUGGGGGGUCUCGCCGAGCGGGUCCGGCCCCGUGUGGGGGCUCCAGGGACAGCGGGGGCGCCGCUCCGGCCCUCUGGGCUUUAUUGUGCGGCGCCCCGAGCCCCGCGGCUGCGGGGGAAAGAGGGAGAGGGAAGGAGAGGGGAGGACGGGGAGAGAGGAGAGAUGGAGGAGAUGAGGAUGGUGAGGAGGGGUAG